UGAACUUUCAGAUGAACCGAAUUGUUUCGUAUGUCCCGGUCCAAGGACUGUCAUAAGGACUGCUUUGGUAGCAAAAUGUCUAAAAAAAUAUUUUUUCUACAGCCUGUAAGCGACAGCUGAUGAAGUAUUUCUGUUCCCAGAUGUACAUCAUCCAAUUAUAGAUAUGAUUUAGUGAUCUCCAAACUUUCAAGAACCUACUGACCUUUUUGCUAGUUUACUGCUGAGACUAAAAGUAUACCACGGCCAAACAUACAAUCGCUUAUUCUCAUUGUAGUUAAUUAUACGAUAAGACACCUACUUCCGUAAACAAUGGCCUUAUACAAAUCGCAGUGAAACAAUAAGUCGCCUACACGCGUUUCGAAAUUGGGACAACAGCUUUUAACAUAUGAUCUUCACAAGUUUGUAAAUAUAAUCAAAAUACCCGUUAUGGCAAGCGCUUCGUUUCAGCUGCCUUGCGCAUCGCAGAGCUUAGGUACAGUCAACAGUUUGGUGUCUACGUUGGUCCAAACACUGCUAACAGCACAAUGUGCUAUUUCAGCAGAGCCGAAUUGGCCAAAGGAUUAUGGUGAUACGGCCAUAAAGGAAGGACUUGGAAAAUACGAUUUCAUUGUGGUAGGCGCCGGUACAGCAGGUUCGGUGGUGGCAAGUCGUUUGAGUGAAAAUCCCAAGUGGAAAGUGUUGGUGUUGGAAGCUGGCGACGACCCUCCACAAGAGUCAGAGAUACCUAGCUUGACUAGUACUGUACAGCAAAGCCCUUACACCUGGAGUUACUAUUCCGAACCGCUUGCGCACGUUUGUCAGGGGCUUAUCCACCGCCUCUGCUUUCAUCCACGCGGAAAGGCUAUAGGUGGUUCGGGCGCAAUCAACGGAAUGAUGUACGUGGAAGGACAUCGCAAGGAUUUCGACGAUUGGCUGGCCGCAGGCAACACAAAGUGGGGCUGGGCGGAUGUCAAGCGCUAUUAUGAGAAAGCGGUGCGCCCAGUGGGCAAUGCCACACAUCCAAAAGGAUAUGUAGUGCUGAACGAGAAUUACUCAGACCAAAAAUUGGUAAUAGGCAACGUGAUCUUCAAUGCCACCGCAGAGUUGGGCUUACCACGGUUGGGAAAGCUGGAGAAUGGCAUAGAAAUAGGUACAAUGUAUUUGCCAGUAACGGCGAGAGUUGGUAGACGGAUGUCCACGGGCAAAGUGCAUUUGGCGAAAGUGUCCGGGCGUCCCAAUUUGCACGUGAUAAAAAAUGCGCAUGUGCGCAAGAUACACUUCGAACGUGGCGGUAAGGUAGCCACCAAGGUAACGUUUCUGCUGCGUGGCGUGCAUGAGCUAAGCGCCGAAGUGCACAAAGAGGUAGUGCUUUCAGCUGGUGCUAUAGAUUCACCAAAGUUGUUGCUUUUAUCCGGUGUGGGCCCGCGCAAGCAUCUCAAAGAGUUGCGCAUUUCGGUGGUGCGCGACUUGGCGGUUGGCGCGAAUUUGUGCGAUCAUGUUAUCACUACGAUCUUUUUCAGAUUACCCAAUAACACCUUAGUUGAGCCCAGUCAUCAUAGUUUGCGCCCAACAGAUGCCAUCUAUGAUUAUCUAAUACAUAAUCGAGGCAAUUUGAGCGGCAUUCCCAGUGGUCUUACGUCUUUCCUAAAUACCAAAGGUGACAGCUCUGUUCCAGACAUAGAGUUCCAUUAUAAUCUCUAUCGAAGUGAAAAUAGGCAACUCUUCCUAGGUCACAUGGCCAGGCGUAAUGAAAAGAUAAUUGCAAGCAUAAAUCAGAAUUUCAAGGACUCGCAUUUGAUAAACUUUAUGUUGAUACUCGCCAAACCGCGUUCCGUUGGCAAAUUGCGACUACGCAGUGCCGAUUAUCUAGAUGCGCCACGCAUGUACUCCAAUUACCUUGAUGAUCCUGAAGAUAUAGCGACUAUGCUUCGCGGUAUCCGCUUUCUUGAAAGUCUGGAGCGCACGAAGACCAUGCGCGCACUUAAUGCAACUUUGCUUCAUAUACCGUGUGACGAAUGCGACAGCUAUAAGUACCGUUCGGACGCCUAUUGGCGCUGUUACAUCAAAUAUAUGGGAGAGGGAGGUUUUCACCACGUUGGCACUGUGAAAAUGGGUCCAAAGAGCGAUCGGGACGCAUGUGUCAACCCACGCCUACUAUUGCAUGGCGUACAGAAUUUACGUGUAGCGGAUGCCAGCAUUAUGCCGGAUGUACCACGGGGCAAUACGAAUGCGCCGGCGAUUAUGAUCGGCGAGCGCGCGGCAGUAUUUAUAAAGGAGGAUUGGAACGAGUGCACGGAGCUGGUGGAGCCGAAGUGAGAAUAACAAUAUAAAAAUAAAAUCCAAUAAAUAACUAACUUAAUUAUAUUUACUGGGCAAUGAAGUCUCAAACCGAGUGGAAGUUUGGGUUUAAAGAGGGGAAAAAUAAAUAAACAAGGUAACUGUGUAGUAGGAAUUUUCGGCAUUCGAACGCAAACAUCCAUCUUAAAUUUUUAAUUAUUGUAGCUGAGCUAAAAUAGACUUGUGUGUUUACGUCUAUUUCUUCUGUGAAUAUGUGGUGUGUCCAUACAAUAAAACCUAGGAGACUAAAAGCGGUCAUUGGCC